UUCAAAGCGAAGUCGAUGACAAACUAGUAGCAAUAACCAGAACCGUCCCCGUUUCACUGAAGCAUUUGCUUCCACGACACACCUCCGUCGCGAACCCUACGGACUGCUCGAUCCAUCACUAGCUGCAAGCGCUAAGGAUGGCGGCAAAUGAGGGGGAUGAAGCUACCGUUUCUCUGGUUGAUGUACUGGAGGAGGACGAGGAGUUGGAAAACGAAGCUUCUGCUGUGCUCGCUGGCAGUGACCCGGAGAAAUGUUCAUACCCAGAGGGGUACGUGAAGCGACAGGCUUUGUAUGCAUGCAGCUCGUGCACACCAAAGGGAGGCGAGCCCGCUGGCAUAUGCCUGGCCUGCUCUUACAAGUGUCACGAAGGUCAUGAACUGUAUGAGCUGUACACGAAGAGGAAUUUUCGUUGUGACUGUGGAAAUUCGAAGUUUGGAGAUAAGGAGUGUAAAUUGUUCCCAGAAAAGGAUCAGCUGAACGCUGAUAAUCAGUACACCCACAACUUCUUUGGCCUCUACUGCACUUGCAACCGCCCAUACCCCGAUGCCGAGGACCAGGUUUCAGAUGAGAUGAUCCAGUGUGUGGUCUGCGAGGACUGGCUUCAUGGCCGGCACCUGGGUUGUGGUGUGCCAGAGAGUGUGGAACUGCAGGAGAUGGUGUGUGAGUCCUGCAUGAGCAAAGCCCCCUUCUUGUGGACCUAUGCUGCAAACACCGCAAUUCCCUUCGUGACCAAAGAAGGCCCAUGCAUAUCGGAGGGGGAGGUGAAGAAGGAGGCGGAGGACACAGAGGAAAAGAGCAGAGGAGAGACGGCCUCCGGGAGCACUAAGGGAGAGCAGGCAAAGGUGAACGGGACGGCCGGCUGCAAGAGGAAGCACUCUGAGGAGGGCGGGGCGUCCAGAGACACAGGGUGUGGCCUGAAGGAGCUGCAAGCUGAGGGGCGGACCCGUGAGCAGGAGGGGGCGGUCUUCUGGUCCUCUGGCUGGCGUUCCCACCUCUGCUCCUGCCCCAGCUGCAAGAGGAUGUUCGAGAAGGCAGACGUGGCUUUCCUGCUGGACGAGUCUGACACGGUGCUGGCGUACGAGACCAAAGGCAAGAGCACGGAGCAGGAGCGCGAGGAUGCGUCAGGCGGCCAGGACCCGCUCAUGUCCGCCUUCAACACCCUCAACCGCGUCCAGCAGCUGGAGUUAAUCUACGAGUAUAACGACCUAAAGACGGAGCUGAGGGAUUAUCUGCAGAGGUUCGCUGCAGAAGGAAAGGUCGUGACCCCAGAGGAUGUCCGUCAGUUCUUCGAGGAGCAGCAGACCCGCAAGAGACGGCGGGCCAAUGCGGGCCAGUAUUACUGCAGCUGAACCCCGACCAGGACCCAAACCCUAAUCUAGAUCGCACCAACUCCCUCCAGAACCUCCCACCUCACCAACCUGUCCAUGUGUAACCCCACCACCCUCCCUACCCUCUAUUGCUUUGGAGACAACAACAACAACAAACCAAACUAAUGUUUUGAAUUAAAAGAAGUGUCAGCUUAAAGAUGGAAGAAGUCUUUGUGAGCUUGUCUGUGGGCUGAAGAGUGCUUGGUAUUCGAUGGUUUCUGUUCGAUGAAGGAAACGAGGCCUAUAGUUACAUUUCUGUUAUCCCGUUAUUUUGCCCCAAACCACCACCUAACUCGUCCCCACAGGAGGGUACUGUGUGUAUGCCUUUGAGGGGGAGCGCUAGUUAGCCCACAUAUUACCCAUGAGCGUGUUCACCAGACACCAACACAUGAAGAGCAAGUAGCGCUGAUCCAUCCCCAUGCUAUAGUAUCCACACAUCACAGGUGUGGCCCACCGAGUCGUUUGUUUUCUUGACUUUGGUUCAGUUUUCUAGAAAGCUGCUUUCUUGAUCCUUUUUGUCGGUGUCAUUAAUCAUAGGAGUCACCCUCUGGGCAGAUGACUCUGGAUCUGAACCUGGUCUCCCUAGAGAUCUGGCCCCAGUUCAGGGCCGGGCGUAGUCCAGAGCCCGACGCCUUCGGGGUUAAGGUAGUCCUGGUAGAGGCAAGCACCAACCUUGUGACAGACACCCCCCCACCCCCAUCAUGGAUGUGGAUGUUCUCAGAGAGGAAGCUAAUGACUUGUUUGUUUUUGUCUGUUUUGUAUUGUUGAUCAUAUUUUCAGUGUCGUUUUUUUUCCUGUCCCUUUAUAUAAUGGCAUACCUUUGGAAAAAUAAAGACAUUAAUAUGUGA